AUGGGUCGCAUGGGUCUCAUGGGUCUCAUGGGUCUCAUGGGUCUCAUGGGCAAUGAAUGUGCAGUAAAGCAAAUGCACUCUGUGCGAAGCUAUAAGCGGGCCGGCGCUGGGCACAGGACUGUUUCUCGUGUCAAGCAACUUGGCGUACCUUACCGACUCUUUCGGAUAAACGCUGGAAAAUGGGAUGGACAACCUCAAAGUCUCCUCUUUGUCAAUCUGCUGCUUACUAGGGCCAUCUUUAUCAUGUCUUUACCUGUGCCUGCUUCCUCUCCGUCAUUCUUUCCUUUCUCGACCUCCAACGUUGCUGCCAAUGAUACCUUUAUCACCAAGAAUUUCCCCUUUGUCGACCAGCUCUGCCCCAUUACCCGCACCCAACCCAACUUCUCACUCUGCAUGCCUGGCCGCAAGAGACUCUACUGCCAACAAUCCGCGGAUCUAACAGCCCAUCUAUCAACUGAUCCAAGGUACAAGGCUACGGAAUGCUUCCGGAGAUGCAUGGUAAAAGGGUACGUAUUACAGCAAUAUCUCGCGAUGCUAUAUGUUUACACAGUGGCCUUGAUUAAUUGUCUUGGGCUAUCACCUCCAUGUUCAACAUCGCAGACUCUCACAGUCACCUGCCCAGAUCGAGCCCAAAAAAUGACGCUGCGGCAAAUCUCCUGUCGACAGCCACCGCCUGAAUAUGUUCAGAAGCCCAUAUGCUUAGCUCUUCGCGGAGUCCGCUCAGACAUCUUGUCGCAGGAAGCAGCCAGGAAUGUCAACAACCCGGGCAAAGUCCACCUCUACCAUGAGGUCUCCAACUAUAGCGUCAGUAUUGGCGUAAGUGUCCUGAGAAACCUCAAUUCCGCACACGGUGGCCAGCCUGCUUGGUACCCAGCAUUACACAAGUCCCAUUCGUCCUGGCUAGGGAUGGCGUCCCUGACAUGGUACAGAUUACUGGAUGACGUCGUGGCACCCAGCUUCUCGGAACUUCCACCCCCUUACCUCGCCCAAGCUGGCAACAACUUUUCCGGAACGCGGACGAAUCCUGCAAGGAGUCUUACACCACCUUGUUCGCAACCUCGCAUUACGUACCGCAGUAAAUGGGAGGAGAACUAUCUUGCGCCUUUACCGCGAAAGCAUUACUUGCUGGAGGCAGGACUUGACCAAAACACGACCUUUUCAAGACAGCUUCCAGUGGUCCAAUUCGUCAUGAGCUGUCAGAGACACACCAGCCGCAGUACUGGUUCUCUCUUGAAGAUAGUUCCGGAAUUCGAGCACACCGGGGCACGAUGCCUGCUUGUAUCCCAGCCUGCAAUGAGCACAUGGCUUUCGGAACCAAAGGACUGGAUCUUAUCUGCGGCCCCCUCACUCAUCGUCCGCCCUUUUGUUUCACUCUGGAACGAGAGCUCCCGUCGUGCGUACCACGAGAAACGAGAGUUCUCAGACGAACGACACCGCCGGACCAACGAGGCCUUGCAUCAAAGGUACCACUGGCAGCAUACCACUGGCAGCAUACCACUCCUUCACGGCCACGGCCAUAUCACGGCCAUGUAUUCGCGUGGCGCUAAUUGCCCUUUACCUCACAGAUACGGAUGCAAAUCCCUGGGCAUUAGAGACACCACUUGUGCCCAACACGUCCAAGAUGUGGUCCCAGGAGCCUGGGCACACCUAUACGGUACCAAGCAGCCAUUAAACCCCGCCUACAGCGGCAAACGGGUCUUGAUCCAUUUCCAGCGCAUGUUACCAACCUCCUUGAAACGGCAUCACAAGAAUCCGGCCGACGCGAUCCCUGGGUGUCGAGGUCCCAUGUCCAAGGGGUACGAAUCAUCCGAAGCCACGGUUCCAAUAGCCUGGGACCGAUCGGCACCAGCGCACAAAUACUCUCCAGAAGGGUUCCCUGCAAUCUUUGUCCCGCGAGGUCCCAGCCCGGAAAAGCGUGGAGGCGUUCGAGCCGCCUACCUGGGCUCACACCGAAUGGUUACAGUCACUGGUCAAUGA